AUGCAGGUCCUACCAAGCUUGGAGGAAUUCCAAUCCCUUCCCCCUGCAUUGAGACGAAAGCUUUUUUCGAAUUUUGAACGCUUUCGAAUGCGGUUAGCACUGGUCGAUCAUGGCCCAGUGCAUAGCAAUACCCCUGAUCCCUUGCGCAGUCUCAGUUGUCAAAAUGAAACAUUAUUAUGGCCGUUGGAAAACUCCUCCGACUCGCACCGUGUGUUGAGAAGAAAGCUAUUCCGGUCGUCUCAAAGACUGUGCAAGCGCAAUUCGUUUCAACUGACUUAUCUGACGUCCCCGGCGGAUGCGCAGUGGUUCCGUUCGCUCCCUCAGAAGAUCCAGCAGACUCAAUUCUCUAAAGAAGAGCAACUCCUUCUCCGCCAGGCGCGCUGCCACAGCCUUAUCGUCGACGCUGCCGACCAGGCUCUUUGGCAGGUGGAUCAAAACUCCCUCCGGCGCCUGUCUUGGGUGGGAAGUAGUUUUGCAUCAGACACUACCAUCGCUCCUCGGCCCCCUUCUGCGUUUUUAGACAUUUCCGACGAUUCUGACACAGAAAUGAAUGAUUCAUUUCUCGACUCAUUUCACUGGCUUGAUGAUGACGAAAAUCUCGAUUUGUCACUGAGCGAUUAUCGUGUGCACAAUCCGGCCAGUCCUCCCUCACAUCACGUUCAGCCCCACCCAUCCAGCCGUCUACAUAGGAACUCACCCUCUCGGACAUCUUUAGCGGGUCACCAGCCAUGUCAUCGUGUUCGUUCUUCUACUUCGAGCAUUGAUCCUGACGCACAGUACUACCAGGAUCCGGAAGCACGUCUGAAGUUGCGGGUUUACCUGGCCUCGCCACAAAAGUUCGACGAGGCCGUGGAGUUUGGGUUCCCAGCGCUUGAAAACGAGAGACUAGAUGCAGAUCAGCGCCCCGCAAACUCCAAACCGAGCACUUAUGUAUUGACUGGUACAUUUUUCAAGGAUGACGAUUCGUCAACCUUCUGUAGUGAGAAUGAUGAGAAGGAUCAGUCUGCAGCCUCCCGGCUGCCUUCUAUCCUCGACAGUUACCAUGACCGGAAAUCACCCAGCGUCACUGCAUCUUUUAACAGCUGCAGGCAGUCGUAUAUGCCGUCCGCUAAGCCUGGUGCUCAGCGAUACCGGGGUCAACGUGAAAUGACAUUGAGGAUGACAUUGACAAGGCCGGACCUGCGGACGACGGACUUGUCUGUCUUCCCACAAUCAACUGAAGAUCCCUUGAAGCUGGCUGCGUUAGAUCCGGCCGAUACUAGUUCUCGGAUUUGGGAAGAGGAACCGAAGCAGAGCAAGGUGAAAAAAGUUUGGCGCAAGCUUCGGAGACAACUAGGCCAAAGUUCUCGAUGA